AUUCAUCUGCCAAAAGCUAUGCACACAACUUUUGCCAGAAAAAUGAAAAACCUGUUGUGGACUCUCAUACCGAUGAUGUCUUUAGUCGUGCCGCACAUCACAGGAUACUCUUAUUAUGUUGAGCAGUUGAAAUAUGGUAUCAAAGAAUUUUGGCAGUGCAGAGGUGUACCAGCUUUGAAGUCCCAACGAGUCUGGUUUAUUGAAGAAGCCACAGAUACUUAUUACUCCACUUUGAUGGGCGGCAGGUUUGCAGAGGAUAAGUAUCUUGAUCUGGAAGUGCCACCUGCCAGCGUUUUGAGCGCACCAGUGUAUUUGGAGCUACUAAACAUAGUGUUAAAACAAGGUGACGAUGAAUUAGGGAGUCCGGUCUAUAUGAUUAUGAACUGUCAUCUGUUUAACGAUCGCGACUGGGUAAAAGAUGUAUUCAACAGACCGUUGGCACGUAACAGUGCCACAGUUAGAGCUAUUUUGGACAUUCUUUAUCGUGUUGGGCUUUGUUUGCGUGACAUUGACCCUCAUCUAAACUGCCCAGACAUUUGUCGCAGCAAAACGGGAGAGUUCUGUGCCAAGCUUCCACAUACCACCGGGGAAUGCAGCUCCUACUUGGACGAUAGCUUGCGAUCAGUUGAACCAGAUAUGUCUGGGAACCUGUCACAGCAGCAGAAGCAAGUGUUGGAAUACCACCGUCAGCUACCACUGAGUAGAAGACUUCCGCUCAGUUUUCUACAAAACGAGAAAUACAUCAACUCGGCCGUGAAUAUGCAGAGACAAUUGGCACGAACUGCUUAUUGUCCUUGUAGAAUGUAUUACAGAUACGACCGAUUUCUCGACGGGUGCGUAGACGUGAGCCAAGAUGUCGGAUGUGGUGGAGGCAAUCCAUGCGCAAACGGCGGACGUUGCUUGACCACAUUAAUCAAGAACCAGUUCGGGUCUGAACAUGUGAAGGAAAUAAUCAGUAUAAAGUGCGAGUGCCCUCCAGCGUUCCGCGGAGAAUUUUGCGAAAUCGAGGCGGAUCGAUGUGUGGAAGAAAACGCAUGCGGCGACUUCAACUGCUUAAGGGAUCCCUACGAUUUGGAAAACGGAUACAGGUGCAUAUGUCCUCCGACUCACAAACGCAAAAGCGCAGGAGAGCCGAUGUGCGUACCGUUGCCCGCUUGCGGGGAACGCGUCGAGAGAGUGGAUCCCGAUGGACUCGAAAUAUCCAAUCCUGCGGCCACCCACCAGCCCUGUCUCAACAAAGGUCACUGUGUACAGGGUGAAGACCCCACAAUGUAUACGUGCAUCUGUCAACCAGGAUACAGCGGAAAAAACUGCGAGAUCGAGCCGCCAGAGCCCAGAUGGACAGAAUGGUCUUCGUGGUCCGAAUGUAUUUGGCCAGAGCCUUUCGAAAUCUGCUACAGACGACCGUUUCAGCAGCAGACCCGGGAGUGCCUAACUUAUACACCAGGCCAACGGUGUGUGGGCUCUCAGCGUAGGCAACGCUACGCUGGGUGUGAUUUAAAUGUGGGUGGAGCUGCGUCCUACACCGGAAUCACCUAUUUGAAAAGAGAGCGAUUGCGGCGUUCGGCGGAGGCAUGCGAACUUGCAGGCAGACAGGUUCAGUCGUCCAUUUCGGAGAAAAUGUUGGGGGAACAAUUGAUGAGCAUCGACGCGGUGGAUGAUUGGAGUACAGUGGGUUUAGAAGAUGCACCGUUUCUCAAUUUACCCGACGCACUGCGUGAGGGAGACCUGCAAGCGGUGAAUUGGCCUCGAGCAGAAGAUCUGCUUUUUAUGACCCUGUGGAUUUACGCGGUGUUAUUACACAUUGCGCUUAUCAUCUUGUGGAUCUACUACAUUCACCGAUGGCGUACACAAUCACCGGCCACGUCCUCGUACAGCCAACGAAGUUCGGGCAAAUAACACAUCCACUUUUCCUCAUUUCAGCUUUGAAUAACAAUAACGUGAAUAUAACUAAUAUUCGGUGUUCUCUAGCCAAAUAAAGUGGUCAUUUUUUUGAAAACACACC